CGCGGCGCGGCGCGGGCGGCGCCGCUGCGCUAUGCGCGGGCGGCCAUGCGAUGGCGGUCGGUGGUGCUGGGGCUGCUGCUGCUGCGGCUCGGGCUGCAGGCGCUGCUGGCGCUGCUGCCCGCGCUGGCCCGCGGGCUCUGCCUGCACCCGCGCCUGCCCUGCCCCGGCCCGCGGCCGCCCGCGCUGCCCGGCCCGCCCGCGGGCGCUGCGGGGCGCGGGGCCCGGCUGUGGGGCGCGGCGGCGGGCGGCGAUGAGUACGAGCGGCGCUACAGCGGCGCCUUCCCGCCGCAGCUGCGGGCGCGGCUGCGGGACGCGGCCCGGGGCAUGUUCGUGUUCGGCUACGACAGCUACAUGGAGCACGCCUUCCCCCGCGACGAGCUCGACCCGCUGCACUGCCGCGGCCGCGGGCCCGACCGCCGCGACCCCUCCAACCUGAACAUCAACGAUGUGCUGGGGAACUACUCCCUGACGCUGAUCGACGCGCUGGACACGCUGGCGGUAAUGGGAAACUCCUCAGAGUUCCAGAAGGCAGUGAAGUUGGUGAUUGACACAGUUUCAUUUGACAAAGACUCCACAGUCCAAGUGUUUGAGGCAACAAUCAGGGUUUUGGGAAGCCUGCUGUCUGCCCACAUCAUAAUCACAGACACCAAGCAGCCCUUUGGUGACAUGACCAUUAAGGAUUAUGACAAUGAGCUGCUGCACCUGGCUCAUGACCUGGCAGUGAGGCUGCUGCCAGCCUUCGAGAACACCAAAACUGGCAUCCCCUACCCUCGGGUGAACCUGAAGAAGGGGGUCCCUCCAGACAGCCACAACGAGACCUGCACAGCAGGAGCUGGCUCCCUGCUGGUGGAGUUUGGCAUCCUCAGCAGGCUGCUUGGCGAUUCCACCUUCGAGUGGGUGGCCAGGAGAGCUGUGAAGGCCCUGUGGAGCCUCAGGAGCAACAACACCGGACUGCUGGGAAAUGUUGUGAAUAUCCAGACUGGUCACUGGGUUGGAAAGCAGAGUGGGCUGGGAGCAGGGUCAGAUUCGUUCUAUGAGUACCUGCUCAAGUCCUACAUCCUCUUUGGGGAAAAGGAGGACCUGGAGAUGUUCAACACUGCCUACCAGAACAUCCAGAACCACUUGAGGAGAGGGCGGGAGGCCUGCAAUGAGGGAGAGGGUGACCCUCCCCUGUACGUCAACGUGAACAUGUACACAGGCCAGCUGAUGAACACCUGGAUUGACUCUCUGCAGGCCUUCUUCCCUGGGCUGCAGGUGUUGAUAGGAGAUGUGGAAGAUGCCAUUUGUCUCCAUGCCUUCUACUACGCCAUCUGGAAACGCUACGGGGCCCUCCCAGAGAGGUACAACUGGCAGCUGCAGGCCCCAGACGUGCCCUUCUACCCACUGAGGCCCGAGCUGGUGGAGUCCACAUACCUUCUCUAUCAGGCCACAAAGAACCCGUUUUACCUUCAUGUGGGAAUGGAUAUUCUGCAGAGUUUGGAAAAAUAUACAAAAGCAAAGUGUGGCUACGCCACGUUGCACCACGUGGUGGAGAAGACCAAGGAGGAUCGCAUGGAGAGCUUUUUUCUCAGUGAGACCUGCAAAUAUCUGUACCUGCUGUUUGAUGAGGAGAAUCCCGUGCACAGAUCUGGGAAUAAGUUCAUGUUCACCACUGAGGGCCACGUGGUGUCCGUGGACGGGCGUUUCCGGAGCUCUCUGUGGGAGGACAUCGGGGACGAGGGCAGCGCCCACCGCGCCAAAGGCCCCGAGCUCAGGGCAGCCAACGUCAGCUCCAACUGUAACAGAGUCCCUGAUGAGAGGAGGUAUCUGCUGCCCCUGAAGAGCAACUACAUGAGACAGAUCGACAGAAUGGUGGGACUGAUCUGAGGGACCCUGCAGGGAAACCUCCGAGGAGCUGGGGAUUCCUCUGCAGACAUUCCUGCCCUCAGCUGCUCCUUGCACGGGCUGAGACCUCAGGUGUCCCCUCAGGUGUCCCCUGUGGUCAGCCAGGACACAAAGGAGAUGGAGCUGAGGCCUCUGAGCUGGGGUAACCUCCUCAGCCACUGAACAGAGCUCCUGUUCCAAGACUUCCAUGAAAAAUGUUGCAAAUGAAGGCCGAAUAUAUUUCAAAGGAAAAAGAAGGCAAAUUGGCCUGUGCCACUUAGCUACCUCUUUGUAGCUGUGUUACAAAUGUCCCUCUAGAGCAGGGUCUGGUAUUUAAUCUGAAAUGAUCUCGGGGCUUGGGGAAGGAGUGGGGAAGUGCAAUUUUUUACACCAAGUUGAAUUAUUGAAUUUUUCUGACUAGCAAUACACAACCUUAAGGUCUGCUCAGGUAGGAACCCACUGGGUUUGCUAAAACAAAACUGCUCUGUGUGCUCUUGGAAAGAAACUCGUGGUGGGGUAAGAGCUGUUGGUAGAGCCACCCCUCAUACUGACAGCUGAUAGAACUGCAGGGCUGUGAGCCUGUAGCUGCAGAAAGCAGUGAUCAAACCAAUCCAGGUGCCUUUGUGGAAGGGAAGGGGGAAUUGCAAAGCCACUCAGGCAGAAGUUCCCAAAGUUUCCUUGUUUGCCAUGUUUUAGUGCCUUUUCAGGAGAGAUGCUGCUAAGAACUGGUGUCACAGUACAUGAAGAACAAACUAUUUCACAUUCCUGACAGGAUUCAUGUGUUAGUGCCUUAAGUUCUCCUCACUAGCAGGGAAAACUGAGCUUCCUUGGGAAGAUGGAAGAGUAUUUCUGAUGAGCUGGUUGCAAAAUACAGUGGAACCCAAAGUUACUU